GUCGUGAAACAUUACAGAGAAAAUAGAGAGAUAAUUUUUCGGAAAUGUACACAUAGCUGCACGUAAAUUAGAACAACAAAUAAAAUUACAAAAUUGUGGUCGUAGUGUUAACUCUGGUCGCGUCUCUUUAUAGAAUCACUCAAUACAGACUCCAACCAUGCUGUUUGUGGCAGAUUUUAGGCCCGAGCCCUGCCUGAGACAGUCAUUCCAACAACAAGAUACCAGUUUUGCUUCUGCUGGUAUUGGCCUGUUAUCAGCAAUCUCAGCUUAUCAUCACUUGGAUAAACAGCAUCCAGUUUCAUUGGAAAAAUUCCUUCUUCAAAUUUCCUCUGUCCUCGUGUACGCCCAUGUGUGUGUGGGUGUAUUCACGAGGACCCACUUUUUCCUAUCCGGCCUAGUGGAUUCCAGCUUUACUGCGGAUGGAGCAGUUGUGGAUGCCUGGCUGUAUUUCCCAGGCUUAAAGGUAGCCUAAUUGCACCGUGUGAAAUAUGAAUUUGGAAAAUUGUGAAUCUGAAACUGAAGCUGAAAAAGAGGAGUUCUUCUCUACAGAGGAAGCUAUUCAGCAACACAUCUUCGAGUCUACAGCAACAUGCAUUCUACUAGAUGAAAUUGUUUUGAAUAAUAUUCAAAUUCAAGAAGUAGGUGACAUCGCAAUACCUGUGUCUCUUCAGGAUGUUACCAAACUACAGGGAGCUUCAGAAAAUGGAAAAUUCACCAGAGCUUUUGAUCCUUCACUAACACGAGCAUGGGAAAUUGAUUCCUCUAAAAUUCUAACAGAAAAUCUAGACUUGUCAUCACUAGUCAUCAGUCAUUUAGGGUUACCUGCUGACAAAAUUAUGGUUACUCAAGCAAAGCUGACUAAACUGAUAAUGUAUCAAGCAGGAGGACGGUACGAGCGUAAUCUCAACAACUCGGAGAAAGAAUUCGGGACAUUCCUCACGGCUAUCCUUCAAUUACCAGUGGAAGGGGGAUACGAGGGCGGAAGAGUGAGGGUUGAAAGCAAAGGGAAAAGCAAAUUGUUUGACAAUCACCGAAACAGCGACACUCUUUUCUACUUAACGGAGUUUUAUGACAACUUUGAGUAUAUUGUGGAGCCAAUUACGAAAGGAUGGCAGUUAACGCUUGUUUUCGAUCUUUUUUGGACAAACGCCAAACGCCCGAUUGCGAAACCAUUUGAUGCUUCAGUUUCACUUGCCGCUCUUAGUGAAUUAGAAAACGUGGUAAAUCAUUGGACUGCCAUUUAUCCGAACAAUCCUCCAGUCGAAAAAUAUGAAGUGCCGUCAGCGGAAAACGAAAACGAAGCAAGACCAGCUCCUCUACCAUCAAAGAUUAUCGCAGAAGAAUCAGACUGUACUCGUUCAUGGCGUCCAGCUUUAAAAUGGCAGGAGCUGGCCCGAGAACAGCUCAGCCGAGAUUUACAUCAGAUUAUCGCAUUUUGGUGUGCCAAACCUCAACGUGUGUGGAUUGAAGACCCUGAUUUGGAAAAUGGAGAGUUAACGUUAAGAUUGCUACGCCUUUGCAUCACAUUGCGAACACGCGAAGGGGGCCUUGCUCUCUUGAAUGCAAUCGGCUCGGAUUUUAAUUCGCCUACAUCUGCUGAAGACGGUUCUAACUCCCUACAGCUAUUUGAAGGAAUUCAAAACGAGCGAGUGGCCCAGGCGAUUGCAGAGUUCAGCUGUCAAGUCUCAGAUUUUGACGAAUGUGCUGAUCUUGUUAAGAGAAUGAUUUCUCCCAAUCGGCUUGCAAAGCAGUUUGUACCCAUAAUCAAAUUAGUCCAUUCCUUUCUCGACAACGACUGCAUUCGAGGAGCAAUUACGAUUGGGGACUGGAUGGCGGCAUCGGUUGAUGAGAUGGACAAGUCUAUGGUCACCCACGUGGACCAGUCAACUGCAGAAGCUUACCUCGACUCGAUUGUUUCAUUGGAAACGCAUUCUGAAUUUUUCUAUGAAGAAAGACUCCCCUCGUUUGUUACCUUUUUUCGGAAACUUCAGAUAUCGCUGCAAUUUCAUUUGGUGUUGGGUUUAAAGGCACAGGGUACUUCACGCUUCAAGGGAAUCAAAUCCUUCCAAUUCACGUUCCAAAAUUUAUGUAAGGCUUUAUGUGAAGAAUUUUACGUUGAUGCGCCUUCCGUUAGCGAUAUUAUCGUCGAUAUGAUAACAUUUUAUAUUAAACUUCAAAGCGUCGAAUUUCUUCAACGACUAAUCUACAAGAUUUGCCCAUGGGGUCGUUCCGCCAAGGUGUUUUUUGGGAAACUUAACGAUGCCAAAGACGUUGACACUAAGAUGGUGCUGCUGAAGAAACUCGUGUUAUCUGAAGAAAUGUGGGAAUUAUCCAAGUCAUCAAAAUUAGGAAAGACCACACUAGCAUCGUUUGUUGGAAAUUACUUUACUGUGCUACUGGAAAAACUAUCGUUCAUCACCAAGGAAGAACAAGAGUCAGCUAUAUCCCAGGUGGAAUCAAUUGGUGAUGCUCUUCUCUGCGAUUUUUCAUCUUGUCUUCAGUUUGUAAUACGAAUGCAAUUCAACCCUCAACUGUCAAACGAGAAUUUUGCGCAGAUAGCUCAAUUGAGCGUUGAUAAAUUAUGGCACCUUAUGAACGACUUGAAAAAUUCAGAAAGUGAGCUCUUCAAAAAUCAUCCUUUUUAUGUCAAGAUAAUGUCUCAUCUCUGCUCUUCCGUGGUGAAUCAGUUGAAAGUGAAAACAAGACUAAUGCCACGUCGAGAAACGAUCCUGAAUGUAGUGAUAUUCUUCGUUGAAUUUCGUGGUGAGUCAUCAGUAAAAUCGUUAAUCAAGACCGUUUGCGCUAGCGAAGUGACUGCGCCUUGGGACCAACAUUUCAAGUAUGAAUUGUUCAAUGCUCUUCUCCAUUUUUCUGAUGUGUGGAUCAAACUGCCUGUUGUUUCGAAGACGAAUAUUCUGAACUCGUGCGCCAAACUUGCAGAAUCAUGGAUUGCUGAAAUUAGUAUAGUAUUGGACUCCAUAAACAACGAUUCUUCGAUUGAAAUUGAACAUCUUGUUUCCACGGAAUCAAGAAUUUACGAAUGCGCCAAGCUUUUCAUCUCGUUGGAGAAUAAACGAUACGAUGCGCACCAGGAGGACAUUACAUCUGGUAUGGCUCACGCUCUUCUUGAUCUUUCUCAAAAGCUUUCCCCGUCACAACUAUUGCGGAUGCUGGAUUGUGUUUUCAAACCUCCUCCAUUGCAAACGGCUAGCGUUCCCUUCGAAGGUACUACCGUCUGCCUUGAUUGGUGUCACGAAAUGUGCGAACUUUUAUUUUCCAAGGAUGUGUUGUCUCUCUCCAAUUUAGCAGAAGAUGCUUCCAAGAUUAUGGACUGGCUGUUUUGGUUAGAUGACGAUCGAUGCUGGCAGUCUUUUACAGACAACGUUUGUGCUUCCCCCUGUUCAGAAAGAACCCAUCACUUUAUUCGAGUUUUUUUGCUGAAUCCCCAGAUUGAAGAAGCCAUUGCUGAAAAUCUUCCGGCGUUCACCACUUUAAAUCGGGUCGCUGAUCACUGUGCUUAUAAAUGGAAAUCCCUUGAAGUACCAAAGUUUAGCUGGCAGAUGCCUAAAGCUACUGUUCCCGAUCACCCUGAAGUGGAAAAAUUUCUUCGCUCUUCAGAAAAGACUUUGAGGUACACCAAUUUAUCUGACAACGACCAAAUGUACAUUCUCGCAACUGAUCUGGAGAAAAAUGGUGCCCGUAUGGGUUUCAGUGUUUCUGUGACGCCAGAUGAAACAUUUCCUUGUUGUGAAAUUGUGAAAACUCGAGAAUACUACACGCGUGUCGCUCGUGAUUUUAAAGAAAUGAAAUCAGAGUCGGACGAGUUCACAAAGCUGCGCCAAAAAGUUAGUCUGAUGCGUAUUAAAAAACAAAAUACCAAGCGAUCGGCCCCUAAAGCGCUUUCUUCCACCCUCGUUCCUCCUGCUAAACGUCGUACCCUUUGAAUAACCUUUUCUCCUUGAGUUGUGUAAUUACAGUUUUCCCCUCGGUUUCCUUAUUUUAAAUGCUCUGCCCAAUACUUGCUUUUGUGGUAGAUAUACUAUUGUAUUCCAGUUGUUCGAUUGUAUUUACAUCCAACUGUGUUGUUGGAAAUACCGUUUCGUGUGUGACCCUUGAAACUUGUGCCUUUUUUUUGGGUAAGAAGAUUUGAUAAUGGAUAUUUCACAAGCGGUAUUUUUUUUACUCGGGCGUAGGGUACUUCUGUACCAUUUUUUACAGGGGACAUGUUACAAACUGAUUUUCUACA